UAUGGCAGAGUUAUUGGCUUUGAAAAUGCAAAUAAUGACAGACGAAUUUUAUUCUCACACCAGUUUGGCCGAUGAAAAGGUCAAAUCAGAAAAAGCGUACAUAAAGAAACUCCACGAGUUAAUUGAAUCUAGGACGAAGGCUCUACGAAAAUUCAUGAAAGAUAACGAAGAACAAUUAACAUCUAGGGCUCACGAUAUGUAUACUACAAGCGAUUUGUUUAAGAGAAUGUCUUCGACAAAUGGCAAAGAUUUACUCGAUGAAUUAAAAGAGUUGGAAGAGACGUUAAUGCAACAAACUCGUCGAUUGAUUACACACAGAGAAACAUUAAUUGAAGAGAGGAAAAGAUGCUUACGAAUUUUAGGGGCGGGGGAUGACCAAUCGUUAGAUGGCGCGUUAUCUCAAGGUUUAGCCGGCUCAGAUUGGUUUAUACCAACCAAACGUUCUCCAGCUUCCCGCAGAGCAAAGAGCUCAUUAACGGCGCCCAAGAAUUCCGAAGUAGUUAGGAAUGAGGAAGAGGCAGAGAGAAUGAUAAGGAAAUUACACAAACGACGGGCUGAAUUAUUGAAUCAAUUGGCAAAGAAAGAUCUCAAAAUAUCGGGAAUGGAGGAAAAAAUUGAGGAAUUAGAAAAUCAGCUAGAAGCAAUGAAAACAAAGUAG